GGGCCGCGGUCGGCAGGAGGUGCGUCAGCGGCUGCCGGCGGGCAGGGAAGGUGCUUCCGGAGGCGGGAGGUCAUAGUGCGGAGCAGCGUGCCGCUGCCCGUUGCCGUGGCGGUGGUAGAGGAGGAGCGGAGGGGGCGCCGGGGCUCCGGAGGGGCCAGUCUGCGCGCGCGCUGCGGGAGAAAGCACCGGACGGCUCCGCCAUGUCCUACUGCAGGCAAGAAGGAAAGGACAGAAUUAUAUUUGCGACCAAGGAGGACCAUGAGACACCAAGCACUGCUGAGCUGGUUGCAGAUGACCCAGAUGACCCUUAUGAAGAACAAGGAUUGAUAUUGCCCAACGGAGAUAUCAAUUGGAAUUGCCCAUGUCUGGGUGGAAUGGCUAGUGGUCCCUGUGGGGAACAGUUCAAGUCAGCCUUUUCUUGUUUCCACUAUAGCACAGAAGAAAUAAAGGGAUCAGACUGUGUGGACCAAUUCCGUGCCAUGCAGGAAUGCAUGCAAAAAUACCCAGAUCUUUACCCUCAAGAGGAUGAAAAUGAAGAAAAAGAGAAGUCAAGCAAAGAUUUGGAAGCUGCUCCUAUGGUGGCUUCUGCUGCCAAAGAGGAGAAGGGAUCUAGCUAAUGAAGAUGCAAGGAGGCUCUUGUCUCCAUUUCUCAUUUUCAGAGACAUGGACUUUUACAGUAUGUCUGUCUUCUGAGUUGUCAAGAAAUGUUUCACCAUUGUUCUAUACACUGUAUCAUAGUAAAUAAUUUAUUGCUGAAGGAGAAAUCUCAGUGCUACAGGCUUGCAAAUAAAUACUGCAAAAAGAACAAGUAUGUGUAUGUACUGUGUAACCUGCUAUCAGACACAGUUAAUACUUUAACAACUGGUUUUUACCCUCAAGUUCUCCUUGAAUUUUGACUUGAAUAAUGUCUUUAAACAUAUAGCUUUCAACUAAAAUUCCACUACUACACCAGGUCUGUCUUCAUUUCAGUAUGUUCUGAUCAACAGCUGCUCUUUUUUAAUGUAUUCUGUUCUAUUAAUAGAAAUUGCAUUAAAUGAUUGUUUUUCCUUAAAGAUUUUUUUUUUGCCAGAGUGAUACAGGACAUUGAAAAUGGCCUAAAUCUAGAGUUUGUAAAAUAAUUUCAAAUGAUCUUUUUAAAUUAUGGUUGCAUUUUACUACCGGCAUCAGGUAAGAACUGCCAGAAAAAUGUUGAAAUGCAUAUCUUUGAUUUCAUUUACUUAUUGUGAUGGCUUUUGCAUAUUUAAAAAUGGUGUGUUGUGCAACCACUGAUAAAGAUGAAUGGAAAGAAUGUUGGUCACUGGCUUUAUUUUUGCUCUGAAACCACAUUUUUUGGGUUCCUUUAGUUAGUACCUGCUCCUUCAGUGUAUAGACAGGCUCUUGUAAAAUACUUUGAGAAUACAAGGAAAAUGUUACCUGGUAUAAUGAUGGCAAAACAGAUACUGUGACGUAAGUGCAUAUUAAAAAGCAAAUACUUUUUA